GGAAGAAGUGCUGGUGGAACUCAAACGGGGUUAUCGGUUUACAGUUGGAAUGUUUUUAAUGUGACACAAACAGUAGCGCAUGAUUUUGUUUUCUCUCAACUAAAAUCAUACACCAACACCAGAGUAUCCAAAUGAAGCAAACAGAUCCACAGUCUGACAGGGAGAGUCUUUAUCUGGAAGUGUCCAAUCAGAAUGACACUGUGUCUCUUCCCUUGCACUCCUCCAUCGUCCUCUUCCUCAUCUCCUACACGGAGUGCACAUCUUUCCAUGCCUUCCUGGUCACUGAUCAGCCUGGCAUCCUGCAGUCCCUGUCAGAUCUGGUGCCAGAGGGUCUCUGUGUUUCUGAGGUGAUGAGGGACGAGCUGCCAGAGCUGGUUAGGAUGUGCCGUCUCCCAGCUGCAUUAGAGCCUGACGUUUGCUUUUGCAGAGCCGGUCUAGCUGUCGUAUUGAGACACAUCAUUCAGAGGACUUGUAAGCUAAAACCAGGCCGCAGAGAUGUGGCGUCACUCCUGGGCUUCAAGAACACCUGUCUUAAGGCUUGUGCUGAGGUGAGUCAAUGGACCAGACUGUGUGAGCUGGACAUUCCCUCUGCGGUCGAGAAACAUUUACAAAACCCAGAAGAACAUACACAUCAGGUGCCAUCUGCAAUCCUGAACCUGGAGAAGAGGUUAGGAGAACCUGUCAAAGUCCACAAUGAUGACAAGAUACGCCGACAGAAGCUACAACAGCAGAAGAAGACGUCCUCUCAGAGUGAAGCCCAACUAAAUGGCUCCAGCAGUGAGGGGGGCCCCUUAACUCAGGGCCACCUAAGUGAAUCGGAUCAUGGAGUUGAGCUCAGUGCUGCUCUGGUGAAACUCUCUAUGGAUGCAGUUCCCCCUGUGUCCACUAGAGAGUGCUCUGACAUAAGGAAAGUCAAGACCACAGACCUGCCAGAGUUGGAACAUGUGUUUGCAGAGGGGCUGUACUUCACUCUCACUGAUGUAGUCUUGCUGCCAUGCAUCCAUCAGUACCUGAUCUCCCUCCAAAAGCAUGCUGCCUCCUCCCUCUCCCAUCUGCCCUUGCUGUUGAGAUGGUACCAGCGAGUGCAGGAGCUCCCCAGUGUACUGAGGGCCGCAAAGGAUUGUGGGAUGACCCUCCACAGUCUCAACACAGCUGAACCUUGCCCUCCUCACCCAGAGGCCCCUCAACCCAGUGGAGCACAGCACGAAGCCCCCAAACUGAAGCAGGAACCCUUCAUCGGGGGCCCGAGGCCAACUCUGACCAAACUGCAAGACAAUGGGAUUGAUGCUAUUUACUCUCCUCACCCUUGCCCAUCAUGGACCCUGGACUGGGAGAGUUUACCUGUGGCCGUCAACCCCACUGAAGGCAAGAUGUCAGACGCCCGUGCCAUACGCAAACAACAACAGCUCAACAACUUGGUUGCCAUGGUGACAGAGAUGGCCCGCCCAGGGCACAUUGUGGUGGAUUUCUGCAGCGGUGGGGGGCAUGUUGGGAUUGUUUUGGCACACAGGCUUCCUAAAUGUCAGGUUGUUCUCAUUGAAAAUAAGGAGGAGUCUCUGGUCAGGGCAAGAGAUAGAAGCACUCAGUUGGGAUUAACAAACAUAGGCUUCAUCCAAACAAACCUCGACUACUUCACUGGGAACUUCAACAUCGGAGUGGCCCUGCAUGCUUGUGGAGUUGCAACCGACAUGGUAUUGGAUCGCUGCCUGCAGGCGAGGGCUGGGUUUGUGGUUAGUCCAUGCUGCUACGGAUUCAUUCAAAACACACUCAAGUUCAACUUUCCCAAGAGUACAAGGUUUGCGGAGACAUUGAGCUAUAAGGAACACAUGAUACUGUGCAGGUUUGCAGACCAGACAGCUGUCAGUUUACCAACGGAACGACGAUCAAUAGGUAAGCGCUGUAUGGGACUUGUUGACUUGGACCGCAGCUGGGCAGCCGAAACUCAGGGGUAUUCUGUAAGGGUGAUGACGAUGGUUCCAGAGAGCUGCUCACCCAAGAACAAUAUGCUGGUCGGGGAACCUACAAGAUAGUCUUGCAAUUGAAACAUCUGAAUUUUUGGACAGUUGUGGUUUAGAUUUGGAAAUGUUUCUUUUAAUUGGAUCUCUCAAUCAUGCAGACACAAUGUUGACUGAAUCAUGGUUCAGUCUAACUGUGCAAUCAGUGUCAUUUGUUUUUGUAUUGUAUUUUUUUAUAGCUUUUUAAACAUGGCUUCAUCAAAAUUAAUAGAGUGAUUUUUGUUUCACUAAUGUCUUCUAGAUCAGUGCUUUGCCACUUGACUCUCUGGAUUCGUUUGUUAAAAGAGAGAGAAAGCAGCACUCCCCCUCAAUAAAUUAAA